GCGGUACCGCAGUGCGCGCGCGUCAGUUGUCAUACACAAUGCCGGCCUGUGCGCCCGAAUAUAGCCGCCUCGCGCGCUCCAAUACUGAACUAGUGUUCUCGCCGCGAGUUAAACGCUGCUCGCAUCAGCCUCCACCGUUCACAGCCCUACGACGCUCUUUCUCGUCGACCUUCUCUCUAAUACCUGAAGAACGUGCCAUUUCACCGGAGCGGCCGCCGCCUCUGCCGCGCUUCAUACGAAUCAUCACAUGGGGACCCAGAUUAUUCCUGAGACCGUUAUUCGUACUGCUCAGUUUAAUAUCUCAUCCUGCCUGGAAACAAAUCUUAGUAGUUCUACCAACAUUAUGGAUUGCCGCAUCGUUAUUCAUAUUCUGGAAGUGUGUACAGGCUCCGAUUGGCAUACUGAGGGUGAUUGGACGCGCAAUCAGCUCUAACCAAUCGCACCAGCCUCGAACGGUGCUAAUCAGCGGCGGAAGUUCAGCGCAAGCUUUACACCUAGCCAGGAACUUUCAUUCGGCCGGUGCCAGAGUCGUUGCUUUUGAAAUAGAGGGACAUUUUUCAUUACUGAAAUAUUCCGCGGCUGUUAACAAGUUCUACACGGUUCCAAGACCUAACCCAGCAGAUCCACUCGCGUAUGCAAGAGCUUUGAAAGAAAUUGCUGAAAGGGAAUCUGUCGUAUUCUAUAUUCCAGUCAGCUCAACAACUCCGGCUUACUACGACGCUCUUGCGAAACCACAUUUGGAAUUAGUCGGCUGUCAGUGCUUUAUACCGUGUGCUCGUGAUGUUGUUACUUUAGACGAUCCCUUAGAGCUGAUGAGGGUGUGUCGCGCUGCUGGUCUGCCGACACCACAAUUCUGGGUUGUAGUUUGUGAUGAAGAUGUUCGAGCGUGGUAUGACAGCGGGGCAUCAAAAGAAGGUCGACACUACAUCGUUAGCGCCGGUGCUCGUGGUGCAAGGGACCGCCUACGUUUCGUCAUGCCAGAAGAUAGGACACAGUUUAGAUUCCCUCGCGAAAUAAGUCUGGAAAAGCCUUGGGUAAUUUUGAGGGAGCCAAAAGGAGAAAAAAUUAUAACGUGCACUACAUUGAAGGAGUCACGAGCUGUUAAUAAUGUAACGUGCCGCGUUGACUCGGCCAGGAAAGGAUUAGUGCCACAGAAGGAUGAAGAAGCGGAUGCUUGGGUGCAGCGAUUCGUUUCAAAUCUCGCACCAGCGAGAUCAAUGACUGGACAUGUCUCAUUUAGACUGGUUCGCGAAGAACAUACUACUAAUGGACAUAAUAGUAGACUAGUGGCCAUUGGAGCACGGGUCGGUGUAUCAUUGCCGUAUUUGUGUCAAGCCCCAUCUCGCUGUGGGCACAGAGCCACCAUGGGUAAACUCCUAGAUACGGUGCUAGAUACACGUGAAGCUCUCUUUGCUUUCUGGGAUCCUUUGCCUUAUUGCGCAUAUUAUCAAUCUCGUCUACCAGAACAGCGGCGGUUACCGCCUCCUGAGCCGUGCAAAACACCACCAAAUGUACCGCUGUGAAAACUCGACUUUUGUACAGCUUAGGAUUUAUUUAUUAAGACACUCAGUACCUGAAGAGUGCGUGAGUGGGAGAUAUUCUCCUUUGUGAGUGAUACAAUCGCUAAUUGUCCCCUGUCCGGGGGGAAGCGAAUGGACUUUGUGCCUACGGGACGGUCGGGGCACGGUGUGACUCGUUUGUAACUACUAAGUAGACAUUAUGUACCUACAAACCUACCAAAUAUAUUGUAGAUUUUAUUAUAAUUCUCAAAUAGUAAUAAAAAUAAAUAAGUAUAAAUAA